ACGCACCUUUGUCGGUCGUCACAGCGCCCUUCUCUUUCUUCUCCUCCAGACUUCCGUUUCAGCAACAACUUCUACCCGCAUAGUCCCACUUUCAGCACUUGGGAAGUUACUCGAAAUGUCCAACCUUGUUUCACAGAAGCGCCUCGCCGCCAGCGUGCUCAACGUCGGCAAGAGAAAGAUCUGGCUCGACCCCAGCGAGGCUACUGCCAUCGCUGCCGCCAACAGCCGUGAGGGAAUCCGCAAGCUCGUCUCCGAUGGUUUGAUCAUCAAGAAGCCUGUCACUAUCCACUCGCGCUCGCGCACCCGCGCCCAUCUCGAGGCCAAGCGUGCCGGUCGUCACACCGGUUUCGGUAAGAGAAAGGGUACCAAGGACGCCCGUAUGCCCAGCCAAGUCGUGUGGAUGCGCCGCCAGCGUGUCCUCCGUCGUCUGCUCGCCAAGUACCGUGCUGCUGGCAAGAUCGACAAGCACCUCUACCACGAGCUCUACCAGCUCGCCAAGGGUAACACCUUCAAGCACAAGCGCCAGGUCAUCGAGCACGUCAUCAAGGCUAAGGCCGAGAAGGCUCGUGAGCGUGCUCUCAAGGACGAGGCCGAGGCCCGCCGUGUCCGGAACAGAGCCGCGAGAGAGAGACGGGCACAGCGCGUCAACGAGAAGCGGGAGGCGCUUCUCCGGGAUGACGAGUAAUUGUAGACGUCGUCGGUCGGUGUUUUUUAAAAAAAGAGUGAUGCAGAGGGUCGGAGCGGAACCGAAGAAGAGGGAAGAGAGAUGGAAGGGAAGGGCGAUGUAUAUGAAUGCAAUCUUGCGCUGAGUAAGAUUUUGUGCACAUCUGUUCUUUUGCUUCUAUUAUUUUGUUUAUUCAUUUGCUUUCACCGUAUUUGGUUCCGUUUUGAUGUAUGUAACAUUUACACGAGCUUUAUUGUUUCUAAUAUACAUAGUCUAUGAAGAAA